AUAUUUGUGACUUGUGAAUGUGACCAUGUGAGGGGCUUCUGCCUGCCACCAACAUUUCUCACUCCUAAGACACACAACGGUAUUACAGUAUUACUCCAAAGUCCGAAGCAUGUUUGUCAUAUACUCGUAUCGUUGAAGAACAAACUCAUUCGCAUCAAAAGCCAGUGAUCUUUUGCUUCUCCUUCUUCGUAACAUUAGGUUUCCAAUUUGGAAUCCUGUCAUUUCCACUGAAGUUGUAGUCGAAUCAGAUCAUCGCAUUCGCAGCAGCUAUGGCGUUCUGGUGGCCAUUGCUGGUGCUUGGAUUUGCUUACGCCAUCUGCAGAUUUCUUCUCAUGCUCAUCCCUCCUAAUGUCCCUUCUAUUGACGUUGAUGUCUCCGACGUUGUGGAGGAAGACGGGAAUCAGACUAAGGAGAACAGUUUUAUCUAUAUACCUACAAGGGGAAGACAGACAGACAAAGUUCAAUGUUAUGAACCAGCAACAAUGAAAUACUUAGGAUUCUUUCCGGCUUUGAAGCCAGAUGAGGUUCGAGAACGUGUUGCACAAGCAAGGAAGGCACAGGAGAUUUGGGCCAAAAGUACCUUCAAGCAAAGACGGCAAUUUUUACGCAUACUUUUAAAGUACAUAAUUGAGCAUCAAGAUCUUAUAUGCGAGAUCUCUUCUCGUGAUACUGGAAAGACAAUGAUUGAUGCCUCCUUGGGCGAAAUAAUGACAACUUGUGAAAAAAUACAUUGGCUUCUAUCAGAAGGGGAAAAGUGGUUGAAGCCUGAAUACAGGAGUUCUGGAAGGUCAAUGCUUCACAAGAGAUCCAAAGUGGAAUUUCAUCCUCUAGGGGUUAUUGGUGCUAUCGUCUCAUGGAAUUAUCCGUUUCAUAAUAUUUUUAAUCCAAUGCUGGCUGCAGUCUUCUCAGGAAAUGGUAUUGUUAUCAAGGUUUCAGAGCAUGCUAGUUGGUCUGGUUGUUUCUAUUUCCGAAUAAUUCAAACAGCCUUGGCCGCAGUUGGAGCUCCUGAUAAUUUAGUUGAUGUAAUUACAGGGUUUGCUGAGACUGGGGAAGCAUUGGUAUCUUCUGCAGAUAAAAUCAUUUUUGUGGGCUCACCUGCUGUGGGUAAGAAGAUAAUGAGAAAAGCUUCUGAGACACUUAUACCAGUUACACUUGAGCUUGGUGGGAAAGACCCAUUUAUUGUAUGCGAAGAUGUAGAUGUCGAACAUGUUGCACAGAUCGCUGUUAGAGCUUCUCUUCAAUCAAGUGGACAGAAUUGUGCAGGGGCUGAGAGGUUUUAUGUUCACCGUGAUAUUUACAAUGCUUUUGUCGCUCAAGUGGUCAAGAUUGUCAAGUCUGUUACAGCGGGCCCACCUCUUUUAGGGAAAUGUGACAUGGGAGCCAUUUGUAUGCAAGACCAUGCAGAAAAGCUUCAAAGCCUGGUAAAUGAUGCCUUGGACAAAGGAGCAGAGAUUGCUGGCCGUGGACGUUUCGGAAAUUUGGGGACUGACGCUGUUGACCAGUUUUUUCCACCAACUGUGUUGGUUAAUGUGAACCACUCCAUGCACAUUAUGCAUGAAGAGGCUUUUGGACCAAUCAUGCCCAUCAUGAAAUUUAGCUCUGACGAGGAAGCCAUCAGGCUGGCCAAUGACUCAAGAUUUGGGCUUGGCUGUGCAGUAUUUUCUAGAAGCCAGAGACGAGCCAGGCGGAUUGCAUCAGAGCUACACUGUGGAAUUGCUGCAAUUAAUGACUUCGCAUCCAAUUACAUGUGUCAGUCCCUACCGUUUGGCGGUGUAAAAGACAGCGGUUUUGGAAGAUUUGCUGGUAUCGAGGGGUUAAGGGCCUGCUGUCUCAUAAAAUCAGUGGUUGAAGAUAGAUGGUGGCCGUACAUCAAGACCAAAAUACCGAAACCCAUUCAGUAUCCUGUUGCAGAUCAUGCCUUUGAAUUUCAGCAAUCAUUGGUUGAAACACUCUAUGGUUUGAACAUAUGGGACCGUUUGAGAGCAUUGGUUAACGUCAUUAAGGUCCUAACAGAGCAUAACUCACCUACCGUUAGUAGCAGGAGGAAUGCUUGAGCCAUGUAUUUGCAGAUUUUUAAAUCCAGACAGAAAUGAAGAAUAUCUGAAUUUUGACUACGCAAUUGUAUAGAAGAAGAGGGUCUAUAGUACAACUUUUAUUCACCAUUUUUUUCACAUUAUAGGUGAUGCUUAUGUGCUGAUGGCACGCAUGUGUAGGUUAUAAAAUUCAGAUAUAUGACCAUUCAGAAGUGGUCAUCGGCUGACCAUGUUGGCAAUUUUGCAACUUACACAUCUUACAGCUCACGCCUGUUCGUGUACUGGAUGAUUUUGAAUAUUGAUCUAAGCUUCAUUGAGUUGCUUGGUCAAUACGUUUUUCUUGGUCAAUAUACAGCCGAAGGUUACCAUAAUUCAUAGUUUUGGGAUAAGAGUGAUCUCCCUGUGAAUCAUUUUCUGCAGUCGCGUGUUUACCAUCGUAAUCAGGUAUGAAUAAGAGAUGGCAUGUUCAUGAUGAUUAUGAACA